AUGUUCUCUAUUACAAACACCCUUCCCUAUGAAUAUCAAUUGUGCCAUACAUGUUACAGCAAUAAAGCAAUUGCUGUGGCAUGUCAAAAGCUAUGCCUGGGAAAGAUGCUGAAAGCUAUGAUGAAUAACGAAGUAUCAGAAGAUGACUCCUCUUCUGAGUCAAGCCAGUUUAUGUUAUCAGCAAUUCCUAGCUUGAUGCUUGAAGAGAACACAAACAUGAUUAGCAAUGAAAUCAGUGACAUUAGCAACAACACUGACCUUGAUAAGCCCAUGUAUGAUAUUGAAUAUGAGAGCAACAUGAGAGAAUCAGUUGACAUAGAUGGAAGCAAAAGUGCCACCUCUCCCUUGGUUUUCGAUUUCAGCCAACCUUCUCCUGUCCUAAGCAACAAUGAUGCAAAGAACCUGGAGUUUAUUAAAAUCAUCAAUGACUUUGGCAUUUCCUGUCAAGCCCACAAGAAGCUUGCUGCACAUCUCAACAACAUUCUGGAGAUGUCAACCAAGAUAACGUACAGAGUGUGUACACCAUACCUGGGCAAGGAGCUCUUGAAGCAUUUCUCUGGUGUAGAAGAAACAGUGUAUGACGUCUGCCAAAGCGGAUUUAUGAUGUUUAACGUGGCAGAGAAGGUUGCUUGCAAACGUUGUGGCAAAGCUCGCUACAAAAGCAACAAAACGGAUAAGGAUGGUAUGCCCAUUGCUGAGAAAACCAUGGUCCAGAUUUCUUUGGCAAGUGAUACCAGACACGAGAUGUUAUACCACCACAAUCAUGAGCAAAAGGCAGAUGGCAGCAAGGUAGAAAUUUUUGCCAGGCACACAUACCAGUCAAUCAAGCACCUUUUCUCCGGUGAAAAUGAUGUUGCAAUUUCUUUGUCUGUCAAUGGAUUUGCGCCUCAUAACGUCCCCAGUUCGAUUACUAUUCUGCAUGCCACAGUUCUUAAUCUUUCUCUAAUGGUCCAUUAUGAGAAAAGCCAGAUGUUGCAAAUUGCAAUAAUCUCAGGUCCUUCCGCACUACUUGACUUUUGGUCAUUUUUGAAGCCAACCUUGGCAGACCUCAAGGUACUCCAGGAGGAAGGAAUGAUUGUUGUGACCCCAACUCUCACCAUCCACACAAAGGUCCAUGUCCUUGUGGUAACUGGUGAUAUUCUGGCAGUGGCGAAACUGGCAUGUCACACUGGCCAUAUGAGCAAAACAAAUUUGUCUAGCAAGAGUCUUGUAGGACAAUCUCCUCUUUCUUCACUGGCAUCAUUCAUGGGCCCAUUCUUUUUUACCCUUGACGAGAUUCAUGGCCUUUGCCAUAGAAUAGGCAAACAGGUCUGGGGACUUAUUGGUGGAAAGUAUGGAAUUAAACACUCUCUGUUUCUUCCUGCUAAUGUACUUAAGGAAAUCGGCGUGGCAAUGGUAGCAACAAGAAAAACAGUUCCAACAGCAUUUCAUGGCUCUUGGAGAAACGUAUCCAAGUACAGUAGGUACUUCAAGACUGUAGAUUGUGCCGACUUCCUUCUCUUUGUUGUCCCUACACUGGUGGCUGAGCGUCACCUUCUACAACAUUACCCCAAUAUGAUUGGUGCCUUUGGUCCUCCACGCGCAUACAGCACAAGAUCAGUAGAGCAUGCUAUUGGCAAGUACUCUCAUGCCAUCAAAAGCAAUUUGGCAAUUGGCAUGAAUGCUGGAAACGUAAUGGUCUGGCUGGCUCGUACAUGGCAAUUGUUGACUGAUUCUGAAGGAGGCAAAUGGAGAGAUGUUGUAUUACAGUAUGAGGAUAUGUCUGCUGGUUGGCUAAUUACUAGUGAGGGCAAGCAUGUUAGUGCAGAUUCCGAUAUCGAGUUCUGGGGACCUUUAGGAUAUAAAACAAUUGAUGACAGUUUUGAAGACAUUUCUUGUCUUCUGAUUCUUAUUCGAGACUUUUAUAGAUCAAAGGGGGUGGAAUGCGGGACGAUUGAACCAGCUAUAAUAACUAGCCACAAAGCUUUUAUUAAGGACUGUGUGGUUGACUUCUCAUUUUCCCAAAAAACAUUAAGAAAGGCACAUCACAUUUGUCUUCAGAUGCAAGUCGAUCUGUUCACAAAUGUAUGUCGCCAAUACACUCCCAUGGCAAAAGACUUCUUUGGAAAAGUAAUUCUUUUCUUUGAACAUGAGAAUUCUAGUAAAAGGUGGCCCCUUGUUUUGGUGCUGAUAUAUAGCACUGUAUUAUACAAUGAUAUUCCAGUGGUAGUAAAUGGUCAGCUCAAACCAAAGGUAGUCCACCUGGCAGACGUCAAGGAGUUGGUUGGUCUUGUGGUGUCAGAUGCAAUGGGCAGUACAACAACACCAACAACAACAAAAUAUAUAGUGUGGCCAGAACUUAACCGCAGCCCAAAAUUAAAUCUUGGUUAA